AUGCCAACCUACGUCCACCUUGUCCGCCACGCGCAGGGUUACCACAACCUCUGCCAGGAAAACCACGCGCUUCCCGACCCGGAUUUGACAGACCUUGGCAAGCGGCAGUGUGAGGAAUUGUAUCAAUCUUUUCCGUAUCACGACAAGAUUACGCAUCUGGUGGCCUCCCCGUUACGUCGCACGAUUUACACUUGUUUGUUGUCUUUCAACCCGGAUAUCGCGCCUGAUAAACCGAGGGUUAUUACCUUGCCUGAUAUACAGGAGGUCUCCCCCUUUCCAUGCGACACGGGCUCCGAACCUGCAAAACUACUGGACGAGUUUCCUGAUGAUAAGGUGGUGGAUUUGGGAUUGGUAAAAGAGGGGUGGAAUGAUAAAGGUCCGGGGAGUGAGUACGCUCCUGAGCCGAGAAAGUUGUUUGAACGGGCGAGGAGGGCGAGGGAGUGGUUUAGGGAUUUGGGGAGGGAUCAUGCGGGGGAAGGGGAGGUUAAUAUUGUUGCUGUGACGCAUGGGGGUUUUUUGCACUUUUUGACCGAGGAUUUUGAGGGGGUUGAUUAUGGGCGGGGGACGGGGUGGGGGAAUACUGAGUGGAGGAGUUAUGAGGUGGUGGAGGAGAAUGGGGAGGUGAGGCUGAGGGAGACGGGGCAGAGCGCGAGGCGACGGAGGGGGAGUAAGGAGGGGUUGACGGAGACGGAGCAGAUGGAGUUGAGGGAGGCGUUUGCGGGGGCGGUGGAGAGGGAGUUUGGGAUGGGGGAGGCUAUUGAGGAGGAGGAAUAG